UCCCCAACAGGCAUAAAGGCCACUGAGGCUUCCUGGGAAUUCAGGCUUUCGGAAAUGUCGUGGAAAAACUCAGGAGGAGACAGGUUGUGCAGGCGGAGCUGCGGGCAGAGGCUCCAUGUUGGGAAGCGGCGCCGCUCAUCCUCGUUAGCGGGACUCGGGGCGCCGGGGGCAGAGCCGGCGGGGGCCGGGCCCUGAGCGAAGAUGGAGGCCCCGCUGCGGCCUGCCGCGGACAUCCUGAGGCGGAACCCGCAGCAGGACUACGAGCUGGUCCAGAGGGUCGGCAGUGGCACCUACGGGGACGUCUACAAGGCUAGAAAUAUUCAUACAGGAGAAUUGGCUGCAGUAAAAAUUAUCAAAUUGGAGCCUGGAGAUGAUUUUUCUUUGAUUCAACAAGAAAUAUUUAUGGUUAAAGAAUGUAAACAUUGUAACAUCGUUGCCUACUUUGGGAGCUAUCUCAGUCGAGAAAAACUAUGGAUUUGUAUGGAAUACUGUGGUGGCGGAUCACUUCAAGAUAUUUACCAUGUUACUGGGCCAUUAUCAGAAUUGCAAAUAGCCUAUGUAUGCAGAGAAACUUUACAGGGUCUUGCCUAUUUGCAUACUAAAGGCAAAAUGCAUAGAGAUAUCAAAGGUGCAAAUAUUUUAUUGACAGAUCAUGGUGAUGUAAAAUUAGCUGACUUUGGCGUGGCUGCAAAAAUAACAGCUACCAUUGCAAAGAGAAAAUCUUUCAUUGGCACUCCCUACUGGAUGGCCCCAGAAGUUGCAGCAGUAGAAAAAAAUGGUGGCUACAACCAGCUCUGUGAUAUCUGGGCAGUGGGAAUAACUGCGAUUGAACUUGGAGAACUUCAACCGCCUAUGUUUGAUCUUCAUCCAAUGAGGGCCCUCUUCUUAAUGUCAAAAAGUAAUUUUCAGCCUCCAAAACUAAAGGACAAAACAAAAUGGUCAUCAACAUUCCAUAAUUUUGUCAAAAUAGCACUAACCAAAAACCCCAAAAAAAGACCAACUGCUGAAAGACUUCUGACUCAUACAUUUGUAGGGCAGCCAGGUCUCUCUAGGGCCCUAGCAGUUGAGCUGUUGGACAAAGUGAAUAAUCCAGACAACCAUGCACAUUACACUGAGGGAGAUGACGAUGACUUUGAGCCCCAUGCAAUCAUUCGUCAUACCAUUAGAUCUACAAACAGGAAUGCCAGAGCUGAACGGACAGCUUCAGAAAUAAAUUUUGACAAAUUACAGUUCGAACCUCCUCUGAGAAAAGAAACAGAAGCACGGGAUGAAAUGGGAGUGUCAUCAGACCCAAACUUUGUAUUACAGUGGAAUCCUUUUGUUGAUGGUGCAAAUACUGGCAAGUCAACCUCAAAACGCGCAAUACCACCUCCCUUACCUCCUAAGCCAAGGAUAAACAGCUACCCUGAAGACAACCUCCUAGAUGAAGAAAAAUCAUCAACUGUAAAACGUUGUCCUGAUUCAGAGAAUAGAGCUCCCCAGUUUCUCCGAAGACAGAGUAGCCCAAGUUGUGGUCCUGUAGCUGAGACUUCCUCUAUUGGUAUGGCUAGCAGUAUCAGCAGUCCUGGAGUGCAUACAGCUAGAUACUAUGAUCUGGGAAAUGGUGAUGGUAUUUCAAAACUGAUUAGUGAAAAUACAGAAGGAUCAGCACAAGCACCACAGUUACCACGGAAAAAGGACAAGCGAGAUUUCCCAAAACCAGCCAUCAAUGGCCUUCCACCCACCCCAAAAGUGCUGAUGGGAGCAUGUUUUUCCAAAGUUUUUGAUGGCUGCCCUUUGAAAAUUAAUUGUGCAACAUCCUGGAUACAUCCUGAUACAAAAGAUCAGUACAUUAUUUUUGGAACUGAAGAUGGUAUUUACACACUGAAUCUCAAUGAGCUACAUGAGGCAACGAUGGAACAGUUAUUUCCACGGAAAUGUACUUGGCUAUAUGUUAUCAAUAAUACUUUAAUGUCACUAUCAGGAAAAACCUUUCAGCUCUACUCUCAUAAUCUGAUAGCUUUGUUUGAACAAGCCAAAAAACCAGGAUUAGCUGCCCAUAUUCAAACCCAUAGGUUUCCAGACCGUAUACUACCAAGAAAGUUUGCUUUAACAACAAAGAUUCCUGAUACUAAAGGCUGCCACAAAUGUUGUAUAGUCAGAAACCCUUACACAGGACAUAAAUACCUCUGUGGAGCUUUACAGUCUGGAAUUGUUUUACUUCAAUGGUAUGAGCCAAUGCAGAAAUUCAUGUUGAUAAAGCACUUUGAUUUUCCUUUGCCAAGUCCUUUGAAUGUUUUUGAAAUGCUGGUAAUACCAGAACAGGAAUAUCCUAUGGUCUGUGUAGCUAUUAGCAAGGGCACCGAAUCAAAUCAGGUUGUUCAGUUUGAGACAAUCAAUUUGAACUCUGCAUCUUCAUGGUUUACAGAAAUUGGUGCAGGCAGCCAACAGUUAGAUUCCAUCCACGUAACACAGUUGGAGAGAGAUACCGUUUUAGUGUGUUUAGAUAAAUUUGUAAAAAUUGUAAAUCUGCAAGGAAAACUAAAAUCAAGUAAGAAACUGGCCUCUGAGCUAAGUUUUGAUUUUCGCAUUGAAUCUGUAGUAUGCCUUCAAGAUAGUGUUUUGGCUUUCUGGAAACAUGGAAUGCAGGGUAAAAGCUUCAAAUCAGAUGAGGUUACCCAGGAGAUCUCAGAUGAAACAAGAGUGUUCCGCUUAUUGGGAUCAGACAGGGUUGUCGUUUUGGAAAGUAGGCCAACAGAAAAUCCUACUGCACACAGCAAUCUUUACAUCUUGGCUGGACAUGAAAAUAGUUACUAAACAACAAAAACUGAUCUCAAAUACAGGAAAAUGACUAUACUCCAUUGAAAGCAAAAACAUCUUAAGUUCAGUACAAACUACACUAUGAUUUACUUUAACUUUUAUGAGUCAUAUCUCAAAUGAUCUGUACUUUAAGGUAGAUUCAGUAUUUUCUGUAGCUGGAAACAGCUAUUCUAUCUCUUGCCACUGUGUGGUGGUUAUAUCAAGUUUGCUUAAUAAAAGCUAUGAGACAAAUAGUCCUCUAGUUCCAGGAAACACAGUCUUUUAAAAAAAUAAUGUUUGUAAUAAGGGUGCCAUGAUAUUUUUAGAUAACUCAUGAUUAUCUUCAGAGAGAUAAAUUUAGUGACAGUUUUCUUAUUUUAUACCAUGUUUUAUUCCUUCUUAAUGAACAUAAUUUGAUAAAGAAAUUAUCAGAUAAGCCUUUCGCUUUUAUAUUGGCCAUUCUGUAUGUUUUUGUAAAAUAGAAUAUUUAAUCCUUAUUUAUUAAUCUCUUGCUGGAGUGGUGUAAUGUAUGUAACUUUUAGCAGAGGAAGGUUUCAGAGCAGCUUAAAUUUUUUUAUAAUGUAUAAAAAUUUUGUUUACGUUUUAAGAGUAGUACUUUAAGAGGUUAGAGGCAGUAUGUCUGGGUUCAGGACAUACAUGCAGUUUUGCUUAACACAAAUAUUUUAUAAUACAGUAUCACCCAGAAUUGCCUUAAAAGGGAGUUUUGUGUUUUCAAUUAUAAUAGUUGUAGGGGAUCAUACAGAAGAUAUUGAUAAUGGAAAUAUUGUUAGGGGGUAUGUAUGUCUAGAUAUGACUACCAUGUGUAUGUAUUCUUGACAAGCAGUAUAAUAUACCUGUGAUUUUUUUUUUACAUUAGGGAUCAUGCAUAAUAAAUUAAUAUUCACAUAUAUUAUCAUCCCUAAUGUAGGGUGGGAUGUAUUUAACUGCCCGUGAUAUGUAUUUUACUUCUACUAUACCAGAGGGGAAACUGUAAAGCAGCUACAUGUGUAAUCUUGGUUUUUUCACAUAUGUAGGUAUUUGUUUUCAGUAGGUUUAAGAAAAAAAAUCUUUAAAUGAAAUUGAAUUCCUGAUGAGAUAGUAUAAAUAAGUAUUAUAAAAACCAGUAUUCUAAAAAUAAAAAAGGAUAGGGCCAUUUUUGAUUUUGGUUCUCUUUUGCUAUUGUUAGUAUUCAAAAUUAAAAUGUCACAUUGGUACCUGUUGUCUUAAUGUAUUUACUGAGAACAGUUAGCAUGGAGAUGAUGAACAAGGAGUUAGCAAUAACAAAGUAUAAAUUCUUUUCAGCAGUUACUUGAGAGGAAAACAAUGUAACGAUCUCAUUCAGUCUUUAGCAAUUCUGUAAAAUAGGUAGUAUUAUCAUCUCCAUUUUGCAGAUGAAGAAAUAAGGUUUUAGCUAGGUUAAGAGAUUUAUCCCAUUCACACAGCAAGUUGGUGGUUGAGCCAGACCAUGAGUCUUGUGACUCUGUUCUUUUCACUCUGCAAUAUGCAAACAAUAAAAUGUUAUGCAAAUAAAAUAUAAAGUAAAUUUUCUGUAAAAAUGCA